UGGGGGCAGAAAGGAGGGUUUGGGUGAAGCAGCAAUGGAUGAGACGGAUGCUGAGAGCGGCUGAAGGGGAGAGAGGGGAGAGAGGCGAGCAGCAUGGCUCUAGUGACCGCAUGGACCUCCAUAGCGCUGCUGCUGCUGCCCCUUCUGCUGCUGUUGCUUGUGCCGCCCCUUCUGCUGCUGCCAUUGCUGCUGCUGUGGCUGCUGCUGCGGCUGCAGAUGGCGCUGAUAGUGGCAGUGGCAGCGGCAGCGUGUGGGAGGGACUGAGCACCUUGCAACCACAUGUGGGGACAAGCCACAGUGGCCAACGCCUCGGGGUCCUCUCGUCCCUUCCAUCGGGUUCUCGCCUCGGGUGCUGCGGCGGUUGUGGCAGCACCAUCACAACCAUUAACUUUGCCCGCAGAGUGCAGGGACGGCAGCGCCGAGAAAGCAGUGGUGGUGACGACAUUCCGCUAUGACCAAGUUAACUUCCCCAUCGACCCGGUUCAUCCCGUGUACCCUUAUGAGGUCUUCCUCCGCCCUCUGCCCGCUGCCCGCCAGCCUCUGCCCUCUGCCCUCCGCCCUCCGCACUUUGCCCUUCUCGCAUCUUACCCUGAGGUCGCCCUA